AUGAAGGCCCACAUCUCCGGCUCACUUGGCCGCCGUCGAGUCCUUGCCGGGUUCAAUCCGGACCAAUUCCUCAUCAAUCUCGACGGUAAGGCCGGGACUGAGAUGGCCAGUGCCCAUGAUCUCCCGAAUCCGAUUCUCCGUGUCGCUCCCACGGGUGUGGCGGCCCAUGCAAUUAAUGGGCGGACCCUGCACGCUCUAUUCCGACUUCCGGUCAGGUUCACCAAGGAAUAUGAGAAACUGAGCCCGCAGAACUUACAGGCAACUUAG